AAGCUACUGAUGACAAGAAAAUGGCCGCUGCCUGUUGCUUCCAUGUGGUUACGGUUUGAUUGCAAUAGUUGCUGUAAACAAUAAUAGCUUCAGAUUCGUGGCUUGAAUAAGGUAUAAAGUGGUUGCAGCUCAAAUAAGGUUUCAGAAUGCAGCACGACGAUGUUAUAUGGGACAUUAUCGGCAAUAAGAGUUUUUGUUCCUACAAAGUGAAAACGAAAACUCAACAGUUCUGUCGAAAUGAAUACAACAUUACAGGACUUUGUAAUCGGUCUUCAUGUCCUCUUGCCAACAGUCAGUAUGCUACUGUAAGAGAAGAAAAAGGCCGGAGUUAUCUGUACAUGAAAGUUAUUGAGAGGGCAGCAUUCCCUGGUCGCAUGUGGGAGAAGGUGAAACUUGAUAGAAACUAUGCAAAGGCCUUGGAACAAAUUGAUGAGAACCUCAUCUAUUGGCCGCGAUACCUCCGACACAAAUGCAAACAGCGGUUAACAAAGAUAACGCAGUAUCUCAUUCGAAUCCGCAAGCUCACGCUGAAAAGACAGAGAAAACUAAUUCCACUCAGCAAAAAAGUAGAAAGAAGAGAAAAGAGGAGAGAGGAAAAAGCUCUUAUCGCUGCUCAGCUAGAAAAUGCCAUAGAGAAAGAACUGCUAGAACGUUUAAAACAAGGAACUUAUGGAGACAUCUACAACUUCCCCAUUCAUGCAUUUGAUAAAGCCAUGGAAAAACAGGACGAGGAGAGUGAAUCUGAAUCGGAGGAAGAUGAGGAGGAUGAAGAGGAAUCUGGGACAAGAGAAUAUGUUGCUGAUGAUGACUUUGAGGAAAGUGAUCUCAGUGAUCUAGAGGAGCUGAAAAACCUUGACGACAGGAAUGAGGACCAAGAAUCAAGUGAAGAGGAGGAAACAGAAGAGGAGAUGGAGGAGGAGAAGAGCAGGACGAAGUCAAAGGGAAAAGCUCCACUAAAAGGGCCUGUCAGGAAGAAACGGGCUUAUGUGGAGAUAGAAUACGAGCAUGAGACAGAACCUUCUCAGAAAAGCAAGACUACAUAAAGAUUAAACUGACAGUCACACCACAACAACGCUUUCCUUUAACCGUGGAACUGUCUUUAUAAAACAUCUGUAUUCAAUAGUUACUGUGUUUUGAUCCAUGGAUAUGUACACACAGAAAGCCAUUGUUUGUAAAGUGCAUAUUUUUUAAAUGUUUUUGAGUAAAAUUCGAUUGCUUUCUAGUUGAAAUUGCUGUUCAUAAAAUAAUGGUCAAAAUGGACAAUCUUAAACAAUGUUUAAAUGCACACAUUUAUGAUGAUAAGAAUAAAACUAUAUCAGGAAAUUUGCACAUAAUACGAAGGUAACAUAAUAACAA